UACUGCUACGGUUUCUCAAACUAUCUUUGGCCAACAUUAAGUUACGGAAAUUAUUAACAUUUUGUACAUUUUGUUGCGUGAAACUAAAAACCCAGCUCAGCAUUCUUUACAUUUAUACUCACAUUAACACUGGGUGCUAUUUAAUAUAUAUUUGGUGGCGUAGUUUAGCUUCUUUAGCGGACAUUAGCUGGACAGCUAACGCUAAUGCUCGACGAGUGGAGAUGUUCAAAGCAAAAAUACUAUUUCUUGGUCCCAACGAGAGUGGGAAAACAGUUCUUGCAAAUUUCCUGUCAGACACACCAGAAAAUGUGGGAGGUGAAUACAGACCGACUCAAGGAGUAAGAAUACUGGAAUUUGAAUCACAUCCUGAAGGCGCUGGUGACAACCUGAAAUGUGAAGUUGAACUUUGGGACUGUUCAGGAGAUUUUAAAUUUGAGUCAUGCUGGCCUGCACUGAUGAAGGACUCCAGUGGUGUGGUGAUCAUUUUUAAUCCUGAUGUCCCGAGUCACCUCAAAGAAAUAGAGACGUGGCAUUCAAUGUUCAUCUCCUCUCAAGGUCUGCAGGACAACCAGUGUUUACUCAUGGCUCACCACAAGCCUGGCAGUGGAGUGGAAGAUGGACGGCUGCCUUUAGCCUCACAUUUAGGUAGACUGCCACUUAUUCACUCCAACCUGGAGGACGAGCCGGAGGAUGUGAGGCAAGCCUUCCACAGAUACUUGGAAAAUGUUGUGAGGACAAUGUCGGAGAGUCGAGAGCGAGAGGAGAUGUCCAUCAUUACAUAGCACCAAAAUCUAUGAAAUAUGCAGCUUUUUGAAGAAAUAUGUUGUUGGCAUUGGCAGUCUCUGUGUAAGUGACAUUCACGGACACUUCGGUUUUUCUAAAGUUCUGAAUUAUACAUCUCUACUGUCAUUCAGCCGUGCAUGAAAUCUUUCAAAACCCUUUGCAAACUUUCUAGCAAAGUAUUGUCCAACAGUUAGGUGUUUUCGUUCUGUUCUGGUUUCUUAUAUUUUGUCUUUUGUGAAUACAAUAUGACCUAACUCACUCUAGAAAUGAACACCCAAGAGACACCAAAUACA